GUUCUAGAAGAUACAGAGUGUGUCACACAUUGAAACAUGGAUUAUGAAUGUGAUUGUUCAGACGGCUCCGGACAGUCAAACGCCAUCCUCUUCAACAUUCUCAGCCGAGGCGAGCCCGCUCAAAACGAGCCCAACCACGACCGGGUUCCUCACACGUGCAACUGCGAGAAACGUAGGAGAGUUUGUCUGAAGACCCCUGGCGAGACGUGUCAGGAGGCUUCGGGCGUUCUGGUUAAGACGAUGCACUUCAUGAGGAGUUUGCUUGCGUUCCAGCAACUCCCGCCCAGAGACCAGCUGUCCCUGCUGCAGAACUGCUGGGCGCCGCUUUUCAUUCUGGGUCUAGCCCAGGACAGAUUCCGCUUUGAGAUCGACGACUCUCCGGCGCCCAGCAUGCUGCAGAGAAUUCUUCUCAACGACCAAGACGCGGCGAUCUCGGAGCGAGAGCAACCCACGCUCGCUGGAGUCCAAACGCUCACGUCGUGCCUCGAGACGUUCUGCAGUCUGGAUUUAAGCCCAAAGGAGUACGCAUAUCUGAAAGGGACCGUCAUAUUCAAUCCUGAUGUGCCGGGCCUGAAGGCAGCGGUGUUCGUCGAGGGUCUGCAAUAUGAAGCUCAACAUGCCCUGAAGGAGGUUCUGGUUCCUCUUCCUCCACAGGACAGAGGGCGCUUUGCACGUAUCCUUCUCACCGCGUCCACUUUAAAGACCAUCACCCCUAGCCUCAUCACAGAACUGUUCUUUCGGCCGGUCAUUGGUCAAGCGGAUCUUCUGGACUUGUUGGUCGACAUGCUGUUCAGCCGGUAGUGACCCAGGAACUCGUGGACCACGUGACUUUGGACUUUCGAUAGAAUAUUCUUUUCUCCAGUGUUUGUGGAAAAACAGGGUUAUGCCAGAAAUAUUUAAACAGUUACAGACUUUUUAUUGUUUACACGCCUAAAUGACAUUACUGCACCUUUGUAACAUGCUAUUUGGGUGUAUUUGUGCCUUCUGUCAGACACACGGUUGCUUUUGUAUGGGAAUUGAUCGUAAAAAUGUAUUUCUUGAUGUUAGAAAAAGAGCUCUCUUUAAAAUAUCUCCACACUGAAGGAGGGGGUUUGUGUUUCGUCUCUGUGAGAAAGCUGUUUGAGGAAUCUGCG